UAUGAGUUUUUAUUUGUUCGUACUGAUAUUUCAGGGCUUGGAAAUGGAAAGGUUGGAAAACUAACUUAUUUGAACAAGCAUAUUCCUACAUUACCAACCUUGGGAGAUAGACAUGAUGCAUUCAGUGUUAACAUAGAAUGGGAUGAGAGUUUUGGAAUUCCAGGAGCAUUUUACAUCAAAAACUUUAUGCAAGCUGAGUUUUUUCUUGUGAGUCUCACUCUUGAAGACAUUCCAAAUCAUGGAACCAUUCACUUUGUUUGCAACUCAUGGGUUUACAAUGCAAAAAAUUACAAAAAGGACCGUAUUUUCUUUGCCAACAAGACUUAUGUUCCGAGUGAAACUCCAACUCCACUGGUUAAGUACAGAAAAGAAGAAUUGGAAAAUCUAAGAGGGGAUGGAACCGGGCAGCGUAAGGAAUCUGAUAGGAUAUAUGAUUAUGAUGUGUAUAAUGAUUUGGGCAACCCAGACUCGAGUGCAGAUCUAGCUCGUCCUGUUCUUGGAGGUUCCAGUGCCUAUCCAUACCCUCGCAGAGGAAGAACUGGCAGAAAAGCAACAAAACGAGACCCUAAGAGUGAGGCACCAACCAGCGACACUUACAUUCCGAGAGAUGAAAAUUUUGGUCAUUUGAAGUCAUCAGACUUUCUGACAUAUGGAAUAAAGUCCUUGGCUCAGAAUGUCUUACCUCAAUUUCAAUCUGCAUUUGGUUUAAAUGCGGAGUUUGAUAAGUUUGAUGAUGUUCGUGGACUCUUUGAAGGUGGACUUCAUCUUCCUACAGAUGUGAUCAGCCAACUUAGCCCCUUACCAGUGAUGAAGGAAUUUUUCCGCACUGAUGGUGAACAAGUCCUCAAGUUUCCACCACCCCAUGUCAUCAGAGUUAGUAAGUCUGCAUGGAUGACUGAUGAUGAAUUUGGAAGAGAGAUGCUUGCUGGU